UUCUUUACAUAUUAGUAUCCUGUAGGGACCCUCUUUAACGUUCCUGUGUAACCAGUUUUUUUACCCGUAGUGUACCUCUCUGGACACGGUGUCAGCUAUAGUACGUAUUGGUCAGUUCUUUUCUAUUGUUUGAUUACUUUAUUUAAACUGCCGCAUUGCAGACCUGGCAGACAGUGGCCACGUUUUCCCCAUGACAGGUAUGAGCAGCUAAGGUUUUGAGUAACCCUUUCUCCUAUUAGGGGUCCCUAUCCAGUUUCUGGCAGUCCAUCGCCGUGGUAAUACCUGUCCGCCACUGUCUCACGCCAUGCCAUAUCUACCCACUACUCUUCUACAUGCCUGUGACGAAGACUAUGGACAUCAGAAAACUUAAAUAUCUUAUUGUUUAUAAUAUGUAUAUUUGUUUGGUUUUAUUUUAUAUAAAAAUUGUAAAUAUUAAACGAAUUCUGUUGUGUUUGACUGAACAGUCACGACGGCUGUCGUGACAAAUGGUGUCAGAAGUGGGAUAGCUGUUCAGUCAACACAUUUUUUUUUGUAGUUUAUUUUGAAUAUUGUUCUUAAGAAUUUAUACUUCUGUUAUAUUUUUCAGUGGAAUGGCAGAUUUUUUUUUUGUGGCGUUGAUAUAUGGAAGGGCCCCGAAUGGAGAAAGGUUGCUCAGGUUGUGUAUAUGUAAUAACUCUCGAGUGUUGAGAGGUCAGGUAUAUUAAUACUAGAAGCAUUGUUUUUAUUUACGCUUUUUCUUUUGUAAGAUUAUUUUGUUGAUCGUUGUGUUAGUUAGCGUAGUUAAGAUGGAGUCGCCAACACUACAGGAGCUAACAGAACACGGGAGAAAGAUGGAGUUGAAGGGGACAGACCUUCAGAAAUUCAUCAUAGAUCAGCAGACUCAUUAUCGGGAGUUGAGAGCAGCAGAGAGAUCUAAGGAGAAAGAGGAGAGAGAGUAUCAGCUGAAGAGAGAAGAACUGGAUUUGGAGAGGAUGAAGUUAGCGGAAGCUAAAGGUAUUGCUGAAGCUGAAAGUAAGUACAAAGAGACGUUACUUAAGCUUGAACAACAGUUACAAGAAACUAAAGCUGAUAUUUCUAGUAAUGCUUCUGCUAAAGUGCCUAAAAUGCCUUUCUUUGAAGAAACAAAAGAUGAUAUUGAUUCAUAUUUACGUCGUUUUGAGCGUUAUGCUACAGCACAGAAGCGGAGCGGCGAAACGUGGGCGGUAAACCUUAGUGCGUUGCUACGGGGAAGAGCGUUGGUCGUAUACUCUCUUCUGCCACAAGAGAGGGCCCUAGACUAUGCAACCCUGAAGGCAGCUCUGUUGAAACGUUUCGAGAAAACCGAGGAUGGGUUUAGACAGCAUUUUCGCAGAUGUCGCCCAGAGAGAGGUGAGACGUUUACCCAGUUUUCUGUUCGAUUAGCGAGCUAUCUCGACAGAUGGAUAGAAAUUGGGAAAGUGAACAAGACUUUUCAAGGACUAUAUGACUUAGUACUUCGUGAUCAAUUUCUAUCAGUAUGCAACAAAGACUUAAUUUUGUUUCUUAAAGAACGCAUUCCCAAUAAUAUUCAAGAUAUGUGUGCUUUGGCUGAUCAAUAUAAGGAGGCAAGAUGUGCUAACAUUCAAACAUUAGUCAAUUCUAGCAGAAAGGACACAUCAGUUGAUUCUCAGAAUUCGAGCCAAUCCAGACCUCAGGUUCAGCGAGAUCAGAAGGGAACUGCAGGGAACCCCAAAGAUCAACCACCCAAACCAAGGAUGGAUAUUACGUGCUACAAGUGUAAAAAACCAGGCCACUUCUCAUAUCAGUGUUCAAAGGGACGGAAUUCUGUUGGGAUGGCAGUCGACGGGAAAGGAUCUUCGGAUUACAGUAAUCCAGGCAAGUGCGCUGCAUUUUACAGUAACUACUACCUCAUCCGUAUCCGCAGCAAACAAUUUUAG